AUGAGCUGCAGAGGUUGUAGAGGUCAAUCGGAGAUAGAGAUUGCAAGCGGCACAGCGUCCGCUGCGAAGCCAACCAGCGGGAUCAGCUGGCCAAAAGUGGUGGGAGGAGAGCUUACAGACGACUUGGCUGCGUUUUCUCCUGCCGAGGUGUCUCAGCUAGUUGAGUUCCUGGAAGCCAAGUUGGGGACCCACUCUGCGCGCAAAGCUUACCGCGACCAACACGCACGGAGGCAGCCUAUUGCUUGCGGGGUGCAGAUAAUCAGUGGGCACAGCUGCAGCUACGCCUGCCGCUACUGCUAUAUCCAAGACUGGUACCCGUUCAUAGAACCUACACCGACCGAGCUGUCGGGGCACGAAGUCCUUCUGUCCCUUCUGUAUAACCCUAACUGGAUCCCCUCGCGGGAUUUCAUAAUCCUGGGGGAUGUUUGCGACCCUUUUCACCCCAAUUUGGAGGUGCGAACCAUGGAGUACGUUCGGGCAGCAGUUCCGCUGGGCAGCCCUAUUCAAUUUUCUACCAAGUCUGGCAUCAGUAGACCUACCUGCGAGCAGUUGGGGCAGUGGUCUCGGACAUUCCAGUGUCCAAUAAACGCAUUGGUGACCAUCACCACCCUCAAGCAUGUGGAGGACAUGGAGCCCAGCGCGCCUUCCGUUGAAACGCGACUGGACACUGUUCGCGCGCUUUCGGCUGCAGGCUUGUCGGUCUUUGUCUUCAUGCGGCCGCUCUUGCCAGGAAGUUGCGAUUAUCUUGAAGUCCUGCAGGCCGCAAAAUCGUCCGGCGCUGAAGGUGUCGUGGUGGGCUCCUUGCGCGUUUCCAGGAAGAUCUACCGACGGCUUCGGCAGUCCAAGACUGUGGACAUCGAAAGCAUUGAUCGGCAGCUGCAAGAUAAAGGAAUUGAGCCAAGUCAGCUUACCGAAGAGCAAGUGGACAUCCAAGAUGAGCCUUUGAGGGCAGCUGUUAUGUCACAGGCCAGCGCCCUGGGCUUGCAAGCCGUUCGCAGGGCCUGCUGUGCCAAUGCCUUUGGCGCACAAAUGCCUUGUAGGAAGGCAAGGUGCCUCAUGCGCGAAGUCAUUUCUUGGUGA